GCAUCCCUAAUGUCAUUCAAUUUAGCGCCAAAAAGAAAUCAACAUCAAAAAAUUAUAUUUGCUGGCACAGAGAUUUUUCGAGCGUACUUGUUUCAAUUUUUAAUAUAUUUGCUGAUUUUGCACUUUAUACAAUUUUAAUUAUGGUACUCAAAGAGAAUAAACUAAAUGGGCCACCAGUUGUAAAGUGGAUUGGAAAUCACACUGACACGGUGGUAGAUGUGCCCAGAUUAAUACAUAAAGAAGUGAACUUUUACCAAAAGUGUAUCUUUGGCGACUUAACACUUUCUUUGGGUGAUUUUGUGCUUGUGUCCAAUGCUGAUGCUGCUGAACCGGACACAGUGGAUGGCUGCGACAUCGCUAAAAUAUUACACUUAUACGAAUUACACGAAUCCGUCGAUCGCGAUCCUUAUCGUGCUAUCGUACAAUGGUACUCUCGUCCUGAGUGUGUGCCACACAAAGAGUUUGAUCGUGAUGAUAUUUGUAUUGAUUUCGGCACAGAAUUGAUUGAAGAAUAUCGACCAUAUGAUUCAGAUAUAUCACUGGAGACCAUAUUUCGAAAAUGUAUUGUUUUAUUUGGUCGAACUGAUGAGUCUGCCAAUGCCAUUUUACAUAAAUACAACGGUAAGCACAAAGGCCAACUAAUGUUUGUCUGCAGAUAUAAAUUUAUUAAGGAUAAGAAGUCUUACAAAAUUGUGCCAUUAGAAUGGAAUACGAAUGUUACAAAUGCGCAGACAGAGAGCCGCGCUAGAAAAAAGAGCUGCGCAGAGGACUCACCAAGUAUAAAUACUAAGGAAAGAAAGACACCACGUGUGUCUAGAAGUGCGUCAACUCGUAAGGAGAAAGUGGAUGGUAGUACGGCAGUAAGAAAACGACGUGCAUCCGUGGCUGCUGCAGCCGCAUUGGAGUUCAUUGAUUGUAAUGUGCUCCAACAGGAACAUAAAGUAUCUCCAAUUAAAAUAAUAGGUGGUCGAAAUGUUAUACGCCUGUCGGCUAAGAAGAAAAUAUCGACGCCAAAUAAUGAAAUGGACUGCGUACCCACAUCACCACUCACAGAACGCAACAGAGUGGAUGUCACACCAACAACACGUGUCACAGCCGCUCGGCGUAACUUGAACUUAAGUUUGGAUACUGGCGCUGACACCAGUGUAGAAUCUGACUGCUUAAAUUAUUCCAUAGUAAAAACACCAACGACAACGCAGGAAUCAACCAAUGACAUGAAAAUAAAGCUCAGAUUGUCCGCCAAACAACGCAAAACCAAACUGGCAGCCAUGGAUGAACAGUUCAAUGACCCACUUUCAAUAAAUGUGGAAAUUGAGCGUGUUACUAAAAGUACACCAGAGGAGAUAUACUCCACUCCAACUAAAAGAUCCAAAGGAACUAUCGAAGAGACUGAAAUGACACCAACCACGCGACGUAAGAGUAUACUAAAAUCGGCAGUCAGACGCACAGGUGAGAGCACACCAAAACGUAGUAUACAAUUGUCGGAUGUUGUUGAAAAGCGCGUCUUUAACAAUGAAGAAUCGAUUUCAACACCAAAACGUAAACCAAAAAGCGAUGAUAACGAUAUCAAACGUUCGGCCAUGAAAAAUGCUGCCAUAAUACGUCGACGUAAUUCAACGACCGCAGUAGCCGGUGCAAUGACACCAUCACAAAAACUUAAAAUGAUACGUCGUGGUGAAUUGUCACCAACAAUGGAAAAUAGGCCCGCCUCCGCUAUCUCAACUGCAGCACAAGCCAAAAAAUCUGAUCUCCAGUUGGCGCGUGAACGUCUGCACGUAUCGGUGGUGCCACAAAGUCUACCUUGUCGCGAAAAAGAAUUCGACAAUGUUUACGCAUUUUUAGAGGGAAAAAUUGAAGAUCAAUGUGGCGGUUGUAUGUAUGUGUCUGGUGUGCCGGGUACAGGUAAAACAGCAACCGUUACCGGUGUUAUACGUAUGCUGCAACGUAAGCAAGAGAAUGAUGAGCUGCCUCCAUUCGAGUUCGUCGAGAUUAACGGUAUGCGUUUAACGGAACCACGUCAGGCGUAUGUACAAAUUUACAAACAAUUAACGGGAAAAACUGUUUCGUGGGAACAAGCACAUACGCUGCUGGAAAAGCGUUUCACAACACCGGCGCCACGACGCGUCACAACGGUAUUACUGGUUGAUGAAUUGGAUAUUUUGUGUAAUCGACGACAAGAUGUUGUCUAUAAUUUACUCGAUUGGCCGACAAAAUCUGCGGCACAUUUGGUGGUCAUAACCAUAGCGAACACAAUGGAUUUGCCAGAGCGUUUACUCAUGGGCAAAGUCACUUCACGUCUUGGCCUAACACGUCUCACCUUCCAACCAUAUACACAUAAACAACUGCAGGAAAUCGUUACAAUGCGCUUAAGUGGCUCAGAAGCCUUUAAAAGUGAUGCGGUACAACUUGUAGCACGUAAAGUGGCUGCUGUAUCAGGGGAUGCGCGUCGUGCCUUAGAUAUAUGUCGCCGCGCAACAGAAAUUGCCGAAGCCGCUAUACUACCCAAAGAUAGUGACAAUGCAGUGCCAAUGCAAAAAUUUGUCGGCAUAGCACACGUGCAACAGGCGCUCUCCGAAAUGAUAGCUAGCGCCAAAGUGCAAGCGAUAAAAAAUUGUUCUUGCUUGGAACAAAUAUUCCUACAAGCUGUGCUUGCCGAAGUGACUAGAACUGGUGUCGAGGAAACAUCGUUUAUGGGCGUCUACACGCAGGUGGAAAGUCUGGCCGCGUUUGAGGGCAUCAAAAUGCCUACACCGGGCAAUUGUUUGCGUAUUUGCUCAAAAUUGUGCGCCGAACGUUUGCUUAUAGCCGAAUGCGGACGUAAUGAUAUUUUCCAAAAAAUUCUACUCAACGUUAGUGUCGAUGAUAUUCACUAUGCAUUGCGCGUGAGUGGCAUUUAAGCAAAACUAGUGUUUUUUCUUUUUUUUACGAAUCACAUAGACUCAUUUUAUUGUAAAUUCACUCAUUUUCACUAUUAUUUAAUUUUUAACACAUUUUUAUUAUUGAUCGAAUAUGUACAAGUUAAUUGUUGUCAUUAAAUAUGUAAAGAAAAGUACAAA